AGCUUAGGAAGGUAAAUGGCUGAAACUUCUUGAAAAAAAGGUAGUAAGGCAAAAUUUUCAAGUGGGAAGGUCAUGUGACUGAACUUAAUGGGAAGAAUGAGAUGCAGGAAAGAUAGUGACUCAGCAGGCAAUCUUUUCUUUGUUUAGCUUUCACUCGAGCUUUUCUCAUUUUUGUCUGUAGGCUAGACCUGAGGAAAAUGUUUUUUUAUAAGAUAAUUUGAACUUUCAUUUAUUUUAAUCUCCCAAAUGUUCUGUUAUAAAUGUUCUUACCUACCUGGAUGGCAUACAGGAUAGAUAUGUUUGCAAGUCUUUUGGAACUAGGUUUGUUGGGAACAAGAAAAGAAUGGUUGGACCUGAAGCUGAAUGUCUGUCCAAUGGAAAGUCCACUUUUGUGUCCUUGUGCUUUCUUAAUGGAUAGGUAACUUAACAGGUCAACAUGCUUAUACAAUGUACGUGACUUGGUUUGAUGAUGUGAACAGUGUAAGAGACUUCCAGCACUAAAUAUUACCUGUGGCCAAUAGGAACAUAAAGGCCUUCAAAAUGUUCCAAAGGAAGAAGAAGAAGAGGAAGAUAGAAAUCUCUGCACCCAAGAACUUUGAGCACCGGGUGCAUACAUCUUAUGAUGCUGCUCGUGGCUGUUUUGUAGGACUACCACCUCAAUGGCAAAGUGUAAUAGAAACACUAAAGAGGCCCAAGCCUUUGGUAGAUCCUUCCAACAUCACAUCAGUGCAGCGUAAGCGAGAGAAGAAAAUUGUACGGGGCAGUUUUAUAGGACAUGGAGACUACAUUGCAUCAGCAAUUGCUGAAAUGAGUAGGCUUUCUGUUACCAGCUCCAAUUCACUCAGGAGGACUAGUCCAUCUCUUCGAAAACGAGCCCAGUCCUUGGGACGGUUGGGGGAGCUGAUUGAGGUGGACACAUAUCAGUAUCAGGAACUGAAUCAAAAUAAACAGAAAAAUGGCCAGCCUACUCUAGAUUGGCAUGAUUGGCCACCACAAGUCUAUAGUGAGAGCGGAAGCCCACGACCAGGUGCCACAACUAAAAAGUGUGCCACUCUCCAAUCUAAUGGACUGCCCCCAAGAGCCAGGUCCAUUUUUGAAGUCAGUAUGGCAUCUACAAGGAAGCCGCCGCUCAUGCCAAGAGACAUUUUAGGUUUAUCAGGACCAGAUCAAGAAGGUAAAUAUGCCCACAGUGAAAGACUAGGACUUGAUUAUCCCGGUGUGGCUCAGAAAGUCAGCAAGACCAAUCAAAGGCCUGUGUCCUGCCUCUACAAUACCCCCACGUUAAGUCAAGGGUCUAGGGUCAAACAAAUGGUGUCUCCCAGUUCAGAGCUUCCCCUGGUAUCUGUGGGUAGCUCUAGGAGGCCAUACUCCACAUAUGACUUAAAGACAGGGGGGUUCCCAGCCAUCUCAAAACCAAAUCACACCAGCAGUCCAAAAACUGUGUAUGACACCCAAUCUCAUUCACAGUUCUCCAGCAAUGCAAACAUCAUAUCUCCUAGUAAUGCCUCAUUACCCCCUAUACAGGACAGUCCCUCUCAGCCUCGGCCCUCCCCUACAGGCUCACCUGCCACUUACAUUUCUGGGGCUUACUCUCCCAGCCUAAGAACUACUGAGUCAACCACCAUAAUUUGUGAACAGCCAGCAGUCACUCAUGCACAGUUUAAGGCCGCUCUGCAAAUGGUGGUGGACAACGGAGAUCCUCGUACUUAUCUGGAGAACUUUGUGAAGAUUGGUGAAGGCUCAACAGGAGUUGUUUGUAUUGCACGGGAGAAACAUAGCGGGAAACAGGUAGCAGUGAAGAUGAUGGAUCUGAGGAAACAGCAAAGGAGAGAGCUGCUCUUCAAUGAAGUGGUUAUAAUGAGAGACUACAGGCAUAAGAAUGUGGUAGAGAUGUUCAAGAGUGCUCUAGUGGAGGAGGAGCUUUGGGUCAUAAUGGAGUACUUGCAGGGUGGUGCUUUAACCAACAUAGUAUCUGAAACUAGGUUGACAGAGGAGCAGAUAGCUACAGUGUGUGACGCUGUGCUACAGGCUCUAGCUUAUCUCCAUGCACAAGGUGUCAUCCACCGAGACAUAAAGAGUGACUCAAUACUGCUAACACUGGAUGGGAGAAUAAAACUAUCAGACUUUGGAUUCUGUGCUCAAAUCAGCAAAGAUAUUCCGAAAAGGAAGUCCUUAGUUGGAACUCCAUACUGGAUGGCGCCAGAGGUCAUAUCCAAAACCCCAUAUGGCACAGAGGUGGAUGUGUGGUCUCUGGGCAUUAUGGUCGUGGAGAUGGUGGAUGGAGAGCCUCCAUAUUUUAGUGACACCCCAAUAGCUGCUAUGAAGAGACUGAGAGAUGAUGCAGCACCUUCUGUCAGAAAUACACACAAGAUCUCGCCAGUGUUGAGGGACUUUUUGGAAUCCAUGUUAACAAAGGAUCCUCUGGAGAGAACAAGUGCCACUGACCUGCUCAAGCACCCUUUCCUGCUGCAGAGUGGCUCCCCUCGCUGUCUGGUGCCUCUUGUGGAGCAAUACCGGAAACGCAUGUCUCGCUGCUGAACAGAACCAAAGCACUGCAUGCGUGAACUCUAAACAUUUAGUUUGUGAAUGUGGACUACUUAUUGACCACCAUGGUCAGUAUUUUCAAAAAUAUGUAACAUUUUUACUAAAUGCCCACUAGAGCCUUUCAUGAAGUUAAAAAUUAAUUUGACCACUUUAGUUUAAAGAUGAACAAACAAUUAAUCAUUAACUUCACUCAUAAACUAUACAUAAAAAUAUAUAACUAUAUAUAAAUGAGUACAUUCUCAGUAUUAUAAAUUGCCUUCCACAAAUUUAUUAAACCACUUUAAAACAGUCUAACCCACAACUGUAUUAGUGUUUUAGUAUUUCCCUUACCCUUUUAAAUGUAGUUUAAAGAAUGAAAUGAAAAUGGCAUGUGUUUAUUUGCUAUUGGUACAAAUAAUCUGAAACAAUGUCUCAGUGAAGUGAUAGUUGGCCUAGUUGGGUAUGUAAGUUAUUCUGCUCAUUGAAAGGAUCUAUUUUGUACUCAAGCACUUAUUUCCAAGGUCAGCACUAACAACCUUAUGAUUAAAACAUAUAUAUAUAUAUAUAUAUAUAUAAAUUUAAAUAUAAUGAAAAUAAAAAUUCACAAUGAAGUGUUACAUGGAAAUGUAAACAUAUUCUAAAUUCUGAUUUAAAAAAUGAAUUCAGUGUUAAUGCCAUGAAAUUUCAUUCUGAAUCAGUAUGUGGUUCUUGUCCAACAGUGUGGAGUCAUGAUUCUUCAAUGUGAAUACUAAUAAAACGUGAAAAAUGGUGAUUCUUUGCAUGCAAAAGGAGUUUGUAUGUAUGCUGCUAUUAAAUCAAAUUUAUUUUCAAAAUCUUCAAAAAAGGGAAAGGCAAAAGCAUGAAGCAUGACAUGUUCUGUACAUUCCCCAUUUUUAUUUUUUUAUAUUUUAUAGCUUUAUCCAUUUUUCAUAGCAGAUUGUAACAAAAUGAAUGUUGCAAAGUUAAGGAUAAGUUUAUACAAUUAAAAGUUUGUACAAUUCAAA